AUGGCGAAGGAAUCAAUUGAUGAAAUAAUUUCUUCAUACAUUCUACAUCCUUCUGAUAAUCCUAGGUCAUUAUUAGUCUCGUGCUUGUUGAAGGAAGACGACUAUUACACAUGGAGAAGGGCCAUGAUAAAUGCUCUCCGUGCGAAAAAUAAAUAUGGGUUCAUUGAUGGUACGCUCGAGAAACCAGCUGAAAACUCAUCAGAUCUGGUAGCAUGGAUUAAAGGUAAUUCAAUGGUGAUUUCUUGGAUCUUUAAUUCGCUGCAUUCAUCUCUACAGGAUAGCAUUGCUUACUUCGACACUGCAAAAGAAGUAUGGGAGGACCUACAAGAAAGACUCUCACAAGGCAAUACACCAUGUGUUUAUCAACUAAAAAUGGACAUUGUGAACACACAACAGAAGGAUCAGACAGUUGCAGUGUACUACACACGACUUAAAGGGCUAUGGGAUGAGCAAAAUUCAUACUCUAGUGUCCCGAUCUGCACUAGUGGGGCUGCUAAGGAAUUAACAAAUGAAAAAGAAAAGGAAAAUGUGCAUCAAUUUCUGAUGGGUCUCAAUGAGAAGUAUUCUAUUGUGAGAUCUCAAAUCCUCAACACUGAACCAUUGCCAUCACUUGCUCGUGCAUAUGCACUAGUGACUCAGGAGGAGAGAUAA